CUUUCUUUUAGUUCACAGUUGUGUCAUAUGAAAUAAAACCCUGAAACGCUAACAUGGGGAAGAAGCGAAUAAAGGGAAGACAAGUGCAGCCAGAUGAGUCAGUGGAAGUGCUAGACCCUGUAUGCAAACACCUGCGCAAAGGAUUGGAACAAGGUAACCUGAAAAAGGUGUUGCAGAAUGUGGACUGGAAUGCCUGCCAGGAUUGCCGUUCAUCGGAUAGUGAGACACGUGAGAAAUGUGAAGAGGAGGAGGAAGACAGGCCUUCAAUAUGGUUGUGUCUCAAAUGUGGCCACAGGGGCUGUGGCAGAGAUUCUAAAGAACAGCAUGCUUUAAAGCAUUAUGAAACGGCAAGAUCAGAGCCUCACUGUUUGGUUCUCAGUAUAGACAAUUGGAGUGUGUGGUGCUACCUGUGUGAUAAUGAGGUCCAGUACAACAGUUCCACUCAGUUGGGCCAACUUGUGGACUAUGUUAGAAAGCAAGCUCGUGUGAACAUCCAAACUCCAGCAUCCACAGAUGAACAGAACAAUCAGCUGGAAAAUAAGAAAAUAAAAGACCACAGGAAUGAGGAAGAGAGGGAGAAAAAAGAGAUAUUGAUGAAAGACGACAGCCUUCACUUAAACAGCAAUGCAGAAGUUACUGUAAAGGGUCUUUGUAACCUGGGAAAUACAUGCUUCUUUAAUGCUGUUCUGCAGAAUUUAUCACAGACACCAAUUCUGAGAGAGCUGCUGAAAGAGGUUAAAAUGGCUGAUUCAACGCUUACCAUUGAGCCUCCAGAAUUCUCAAUAAAGGAACCUCUGGUGGUUAAACUUGAUCAGCCAAGACCCCUGACACUGGCAAUGUGCCAGUUUCUAACAGAAAUGCAAGAGACUAAAAAAGGAACUGUAAGCCCCAAAGAACUGUUCUCUCAGAUCUGUAAAAAAGCAAUACGCUUUAAAGGAUAUCAGCAGCAGGACAGUCAAGAGCUGCUUCGCUAUUUACUAGAUGGAAUGCGAACCGAAGAAACUCAAAGGAUGCGUGCUGGUAUUUUUAAAGCACUGAAUAAUUCUGGUGACAAAGAAAAUGAAGAGCUAAAGAAGAAAAUCAAAGAGUAUGAUAAGAGAAAGGCACCACAUAGCUUUGUGGAUCGUAUUUUUGGAGGAGAAUUAACAAGUACCAUCAUGUGUGAAGAGUGUAGAACUGUUUCUUUAGUUCAUGAGUCAUUCCUUGAUUUGUCACUCCCGGUCUUAAAUGAUCAGAGUGAUAAGAAGAAAACAAAUGAUAAAAAUGUUAAAAAAGUACAGGAAAAGGAGAUGGAAGAUGAAGACAACAAUGUGGAAACUGACAGUUAUUUGAAAGAGAGAGAUGAGGCUCCUGGGACCAGUAAACACUUCCAGAAGAAGGCAAAGAAAAUGGCCAAAAAGCAAGCAAAGAAUCAGCGUCGACAGCAAAAACUUCAAGAAAAGGUGAUCCAUCUAACAGAUCCUUGUGUCACAGAACAAUCUGAAGUUUGUCAAGAUCGCAGUAAAGACACAGAAAGUAGUACUGAGGUUACUGACCUAAAACAAGAGGAAGAAUCUUUAAACCAAUGUGAAGAACACUAUGCAGAUGAACAAGUAAACAAUGGUGGGCAAGAGGUAACAAAAGAGGUACAAAACACAGAAAAAUGUAGUGAAAAUACAGAAUGUUGUAACAAAGAACACUGUGCACAUGAAAAAGAAAAUGAUGGUGGACAAGAGGUAACAAAAGAAAAAUGUAGUGAAAAUACAGAAUGUUGUGACCAAGAGGCAAACAGUGACUCUGUUACGGAUUUUCCCAUAAAAGAUCUGUUUUCUGUUGUGGAGUGUGUGAAUAAAUUUGAUCACCUGUCUCUCAGGGUAGAGGAGAUUUCUGAGGAAGAGGAAGAGAUUUCUGAGGAAGACAAGAUGGCUAAGGAAGACGAGGAGAUGCCUCACAUCUUUAACAAAUUAUCCUUGGAUGCGGAGUCUGAUAAUAUGGAUAUCACAUAUAAACUUGAUUCUGAUUCAAAAACCUAUGAAAUAGUAAAUGAGGACUCAGAAACAGCAUUUUGUACUUUAGCAAACAGGGAACUGAUGAGCACUGAAGAAGGUUCGGUCUGUCAUUGUUUGUAUCAGUUUACUCGUAAUGAAAAACUCUGUGAAAAUAAUAAACUUCUCUGUGAUGUAUGCACACGAAGACAACUCUGUGGACCAAAGAAUGCUGCAACAAAUGCCAAGAAACACAUAUACACUAAUGCCAAAAAACAAAUGCUUAUUUCUCUCGCUCCUCCAAUUUUAACACUUCAUUUAAAGAGAUUUCAACAGGCUCGGUAUAAUCUCCAAAAAGUGAACAAGCACAUCAGAUUUCCUGAAGUAAUGGAUUUGGCACCUUUCUGCUCAGUUAAGUGUAAGAAUGUUGUGGAGGGGUGUCAAAGAGUAUUGUAUGCUUUGUAUGGUGUUGUUGAACACAGCGGUACUAUGAGGUCUGGCCACUACACUGCGUACGUGAAGACAAGAGCUGCCAAUAACCAACUUUCCGAUCUUGUGCUCCAUGGCAAGAUUCAACAAACUUCAGAAAUGGAAGCCUGUGAAGGACAGUGGUUUCACGUUAGCGAUACCCAUGUGCAAGCAGUACCCGUGUCAAAAGUGCUGAAUGCACAAGCAUAUCUCCUAUUCUAUGAGCGACUACUAUAAAUGAGCCACUUGAUCCUUUUUCAGAAAACUAAAUUAAAUGAAACCCAGGGAAGUUGUAUCAAAACUAUAAUCACGUUCAGUCUGUUGAAUAUACCAUGUACAGCUGUUCCCAGUCACCUCCAUUUCAACAGAACAAAUUUA